CGUGCGCCACAAAACUUAUGGCUGAUUUUAAAGCUGCUGGAAACAACACAGCUAAAGCGUGCACAGCCAUGACCACUUUCUUCACUUGCCUGAAACCAACAGGCUGCGAAAAUAUACCGAAAUUUAGGCAACUCAUCGCACAGUUUAAAGCACAGCUACAGAAGUAUGGUUGUCUAAUUACUGUUCCGCCAAGUCCUGCGUCAACACCUACACAUACUAAGCCUUCUGUAACGACUGUUAAACCUACAACAGUUCCUCGAACAACAGUUCCAAGAACAACAGUUCCACCAAAGACACAUCUACCAAAGACACAUCCGCCAAAGGCUAUGCCAAGAGCUGGAUCUGCUAGCGGUGUCACGGUGUCCGUCUGUUCGCUGUUACUCGUCUUCAUACCGUUUGUCUUCAAGUGAUUGACACAAUAUCAGAGAUGUGUGCUCCACCUUGAAUGGCGUCAUAAUAUUAACUGAAACUACACUAGGAGACCAGAUGACUGAACACUCUUUAGUUUGUAUUAUAUUUCCGGUUUCAUCGUCUGGAGAAUUACAUCACACGCUGUCAAAGACUAAAACCUAGAUCACAUUUUAUCCUGUAACAUUGUUAUAAUCUAUUAAUUAAACAACUUUGAAAGUUUUAA